AUGGAGGAUGCAGUGCAAUGUGAUGGGUGUAAACGACACUUGUGUUUUACUUGUAGUGGACUUACUAGCAGUGAAAUCAAAGUAAUGGGCCUAAAAACCAAACGUACAAUGCUAUUUCUAUGCAUACCAUGUCGCGAGAGGCUGUUUCAAGUACCGAUUUUGAUAAAAGCUGUUGAUGCAUUGCGGGAUGAAGUACAGCAGUUGCGAUCGGAAUUGGCAUCGAAAUCUGGCCUAACUGAUGCCACUUCUGCUUCAAAAACCGUCACGUCUGAUGUUAUAGCGGAAAUACGUGAGCGGGAGCGCCGAGCGUGCAAUAUUUUGAUCGCGGGCACCAAGGAAUCUGAGGCGGAAGAUGUGCAAAUACGCCAGAAAUAUGAUGAAAAUGUGGUGAACAAUAUUAUUAGUAAUAUCCCCAAGUGA